AUGAACAAAGAGAAAGUAUAAGAAAAUGAUAAAAACAAAUGAACAAAUCUUCACAAAAUCAAUUAUUCUCGGGGAUUGCUCUUUAUUUUGAUCCGGUUUGCCUUUCUAUCCACUGGAAAGUCCAUAAUUUGAAGAUGGCCCAAUCUUCAGAAAAUCCUCCAUUUCAGCAGAAGAAAGUCAUAAUACCCAACAAGUAUGGCAAUAAACUAGUAGGGAUAUUACAUGAAGCUAGAACCAAAGAGAUUGUUAUUCUAUGCCAUGGUCUUCGAGCUUCUAAGGAAGAUGUUAUCAUGACACAACUUGCUGCUGCUCUAGAGAAUGCUGGAAUCAGUUCUUUCCGCUUUGACUUCACUGGAAACGGGGAAAGUGAAGGUUCAUUUGAAUUUGGCAUCUACUGGAGAGAGGUUGAUGAUAUACAUUCUGUGGCUCAACACUUUCAAGAAGCAAACCGUAGAGUUUUGGCAAUUAUUGGGCACAGUAAAGGAGCUAGUGCGGUGCUUCUUUAUGCUUCCAAGUAUCAUGAUAUUAAAACAGUCGCCAACCUCUCUGGUCGCUAUGAUCUGAAGGCAGGCCUUGAAAAUCUUCUCGGAAAUAAUUUUAUGGAGAGAAUCAGAAAGGAAGGAUUCAUUGAGUUGAAGACUAAGUCAGGAAGUGUUGAUUAUCGUAUUACUGAAGAAAGUUUGAAGGACCGGUUAAGCAUAGAUAUGCAUGAAACAUGCAAGCAGAUUGACAAAGAAUGCAGGUUCCUAACUGUUCACGGUGAUGCUGAUGCAAUAAUUCCUGUUGGAGAUGCAUUUGAAUUCGCAAAGAUCCUACCUAAUCAUAAGCUGCAUAUAGUAGAAGGAGCUGAUCAUGUAUAUACCGAUCAUUUAGCUGAGUUAGCUUCAGUUGUGGUGGAUUUUAUGAAGGAAACCUUUGCAAAGGAACAAGUUUAAUGCCAUUUGAUGUACGAAUUCUCUAUCCAAUGUAAAUUAUAUUUAGUCUGAGGAGGUUGUGGACUCGGGGCCUCAUAGUUAUGUACCAUUUGAUAUUUUAAAUAAUGAAACAAGUUUGUUUAACUAUCUAUCUAUGCACAUUGAAAGUAUUAAGAAAGAUACAAAAUUUUGAGACAAAGAUAGUACCAAAAAAAGACGUUCUUCUAUGAA